GCUGUGGCAGCAACCACUGUACACAGUGGGAGUCCGGGAAGCAGGAUGCCUGUGGGUGACAGACGGUAUAUGGCACGGAUAGCUUUAUCCCCUCUGGUUAACAGUUCGUCUCGGUACUAAAUGUCAGCGACCCUCGCAGUAGGUGCCAUGAACCUGGGAGAUGGCUUAAAGCUUGAAACUCAGAUUUUGGAUGGAAAAACCAAACUAAUUUUGGCUCCCUAUGGAGCUCAAGCAAAAGGCAUCAGACAGGUUGGUAACAAAGUAAGACCCCAAAAUGUUGGUUUGAAAAUAAAGCAGUCAGGUCAGAUUCUUCGACCAGUAGAAAGCAAUACUACAAAAUCCGAACAGCCAACAGCAAAACCGAGGUCUGCGAAAGAACUUGGAAAUGUGCCAUCUGAGAAACCAACGUCAAACGUACUUAAAGAGUUAGAAAACAAACAUCAUGCGCCAGUUAGCCAACAAAAAGUUCAGCCCGCAAAGCAAGAUUCUGGAAAGGCCAAACCUCUUGCCAAAAAGACAACAGUGUCUUAUGUUGUAAAGCAGAAGCCUACGCGGAAACAUAACCUCUCUGCUGAAGAACUUCGAGAAAGCUUGGUUUGUCUGACACAAGAGCAGUUCCAGCAAAUUUUGAUGACCAUCAACCAGGGAAACAAGCAUAGCUUACAAGAUCAGAAAGGUGAAAAAGACCAAGAUGAUCAUACAGAGGAGUCAGUAGAAGAAAACAUUACAGGACUUCUAAAGACUGUAAAUGAAACAACUGUCCGAGAUGAGAAAUCAUCACCCUCUGAGAAUCAAGAUCUUCUGAUAAUUGAACAGUCAAAUAUGCAAAAUGCAAGACCCCAAACUAAUUUGUUUAGUACUUUUGGAGAACGAGAGAUUGAUAAAAGUCUACAGGAAGCAAAGAAAGCUCAGUGGAGAAAAGAACUUGAUGAGCAAGUUGCUUUAAAGAAGAAAUUGAAUGAGUCUUCUCAGGACUGGACAAAGUCUAAGUUCCAUGAACAACACGAAACCGAAUUUAAUGGUACAAAAAGAGUGCACGUAACAGACCAGUUAACUGAGAGAACCCCUAAUGAUACUAACACUCCAGUCCAAGAAGAUGGCUUACUUAAGAGCUCCCUAGGUACCGAGACAGACAACUACUCGCCCAGUGUAUCCUGUGCACCUAGUGGGCGGGCUACAAGUUUUAGCUCACCUGAGCUUCCUGCUGCUAUUCGCUCAGCUUUUGUUUUAGGGGAAGUUGCUCCAAUGGAUCACCCGUUCAGCGCUGUUAAGCGUCAGCAGCAAAAAAUGUGGCUUGAAGAACUCAAUAAGCAGAGAGACGAAGUCAUCCUUCGUAAGAAACAAGAAAAACAAAAGUUCCUGGAGGCUGAAGAACCUGACAGAUGGGCAAUGCAUUUUGAUUCAUUUAAAAAACAGAACACCCACCCACCAAUUCACAAUCAAAUACAACAAUAUGAAAACCAGUUGCCAUCUCGAGACGUGGCUCAUUCAGAGGAACCAUCAGUAUCGCCAGCUACAAGCUACCUGCACCGCUCAGGGUCCGUAAUGCAAAAAUCACUUGACGAAGAUAAUGUUCAAGGCCAGAAAACAGGAUUUCUCCGUACAAUGACUUCUCUGUUGGAUCCAGUGCAGAUUGAAGAAAGAGAUAAGAAAAGGCUAAAACGGAUGGAACAUGAGAAAGCUUUAGCAGCACAAGUUGAAGAAAGGCGCAAGAAAAAACAGCAGGAAGAAGAACGAAGACUACGUGAGGAACAGGAGGAGGAACAAAAGUUGUUAAAAGAACGAGAGCAGAUACGUAAGCAGUUUGAAGAAGAUGCAUUUCGUCAGAAACAGAAAGAGGAAAUCGUAAGCCUCAAAACGAAGGAACUGUACCAGAGUAUGCAGAGGGCUCAGGAGGAGGCGCAACGUAUAAAACAGGAACAAAGAAUGCGCCAUUUAGCCCAGAAAGGACAUGACAUUUCUAAAUUGCAGAGAAACCUAAAUGGUGAAGUAGAACAACUAGACCAAAGAAGUUCUAGCCGUUUCACAGAUGUUACUCCAGUGGACCUUCGUAGUGGAACAAACAGUGCUAUGAAACAGACACAUACAACAUUGGUCUCCCCUAGAAAAGACACUGCGGUACAAACCGAUGAUGUAAAUAGUUUGAUGAAUGCAGGCGAUGGAAAAAAUAAACAUAGAGAAGAGAGGUUAUGGAGAGAUUUGCAAAAUUAUUCACCAGAUAUUCCAAUAGAAUUCAAAGACAAAGGAAAUUCAGAUGUGCACAUGAGAACACUGGCAAUAAAGGAAAAAAGCAAGUCCAGCAAGGAAAAUAAAAACACUUUAACUAAUGAAAAUGACCAUUUAGCAAGAACUGAAAAUCAAGUGAAAGAAAGUGUUAAAAGACCAGACUGGAACAAGAAUAAACCUAACAAAAGAUUUCUGCCAGCUUCUGAAAGAUAUCCGAAGGGACUUCAGAAACAACGAGAGGAGAGUAAGAUCCGGCGACAAAAGGAGUUGCUUAAUUUGGUAGAGCGAAACAAUGUAAAUAACCUGCAGCAAAGAAAACGGACUUCUCCAGAAAGGACGACCUCUCCUGAUAAUAUCAUGGUUGCAGUAAUGAAUGAAGAGUCACAAGGAAAGCAGACGACCAGAAAGGAGGAGCAGCUCCAAAAAGUUGAUUCAAAUUUCAAAAGACCAGUUUCUCCACCAGUUCCUGCUGUCAAAAAUAGGUUGCAUCAAAUGGAGAAAAGGCCAUCUGGGAUCAGUAGUCACUUUGUGUAUAAUGGGAAUGCUGUCCAAGGGCAUACCUACACCUCUAAACAAAUUGAGGUAUUUCCUGAAAGCAGUGAACAGGCAUCUGAAAGACCCCCUUCUUCACACUUCAUCCCUUAUGUGCGUACAAAAGAAAUAUAUUAUCUGGAUCCUGAUGCACCUAUGUCCAGGCCUUCUACACAUGAUCCACAGUAUAGAUAUGAAGGUGAUCACAAUGGAACAAGACAGAUAUUCAGCUCUGAUCAUGCAAAAGAUCCUUUACUGAAUCCUAAUGUUCUAAAAAAUAAGGACCGUCAGCAAGCAAUUUUGAAAGGAUUGUCAGAACUGAGGAAGGGUUUGCUUCAGAAACAGAAAGAGUUGGAAACCGGUUUGAUACCAGAUAUUUAAAUCUAGAUGGCACCUACGUUGGGAACUCUCCUUUUUUUUUGCACCAAGCUCCCUACAGUGCAUAUAGGAGUGUGUAUCUAUGUGUAUAUAUGUAUAUUUAUUAGAAGAUAUUCAUGUAUUCUAAUGUUUGUAUUAUGAAUGUAAAUAUCAUACUAGAUUGUAAGCACUAGAACAGUGUUGUGUGAUAUUCAUGUUUUUGCUGCUGUGGAAUGUGUUUACAGUAUUUAUAUUGAACUUCUCAUAUGAGUGUGAUGUGCAACUUUUUAUAGAAUGUCUGUUAAUUCUUUUUUGAUAAAUAAAUAUUUUUUUAAAAUUAA